AAAUGAUUUUCUCAUCUAGUUUUUGAACACUUCAGCUUUUUGGGCUUUCGGCCAAACCCAAUAGAAGAUUAGAACCGCAAAAGCUCAAUUUUGUGGGUUGGCGCUCCAUUGACAGCUUUCCAAAAUUCCCCGUUGUCCGUACAAACAUUUUUCAAAAACCCUUCUCUUCCCCCUUCCACUCCUCUCUGACCUCACCUAUCGCUUUCAAGUGUCUAUGGCAGCAUCAAUGGUGCCUUUUCUCGACUCCUAACUUUCUCCUUCUCACUCCAUCCUCUUACUUUUAUUACUCUAGGGUUUUGGAGCUAUAUAUAUUUUAUUUAGCAUUGUUGCAACUACUCGGGCGCACUUUUAGGGAACUAUGGAGAUGCGAAACAAUGGCCCCGCUGAGCCUUCCAGCUACGUUGGCGGAAGCACUGCCACACCUUGUGGUUCUCAUCUCCGGCAACCCAAUUAUUCUCGACAAGCUGUUCAGGAAGCCUUGGAGCACUUGGCAUCAAUUGAUCUUAUUGAGUUAUGCAAUGAAGCAAAAGUUGAGCGCUGUCGAGCAACCAGAGACUUGAGAAGCUGUGGACGCUGUGUAGAGUCUGCCUUGAACUCUUGUGGACAUGCUUCAUUAUGUACAGAAUGUAGUCAGCGUUGUGACCUUUGCCCUGUUUGCAGAAUCCCAAUUGGAAAAGAAAAGAAUGGUGUUAGUCUACGUCCUCGUCUUUAUUACGAGUGCAUCGAUGCUGGUCUUAUAUCAAAAAGAUAUGAUGAUAGAUUUCAAGAAAAAGAAGAGGGAGAAGAGCAAAUAACUGCUGAUGUCUUACACCUGUAUCUGCUGUUCGAUGUGGCUCUAGAGAAUAACUUAGUUUCUUUGAUAUGCCAUUAUGUUACAGAUGUUUGCAUGGAUGAAAGUGCUGUGUCUAGCAAUCCUGUCAUUGCUUUUUUGUUGGAUGAAGUUGUUGUCAAAGACUGGUGCAAGCGAACAUAUGGGAAUAUCAUAAAGGAACUUCAGGGAAUUUAUAUUCUUGAUGCAGCAGAAAUGGAAGUCAGGUUAAGUACACUUAAGUAUUCUGCCCAGCUAGCUGGUAUAUCCAAUGUGCUUGAGGUUUUAGAGUCAUCCUUCAGGAAUUCCCUAGCAGCUCAGCUCAAUGAUUUGCACCUCCUUCAAGAAAGCAUAUCGAAGACAAAGCAGCAUUUGGAGAUCAUGAUUUGGUGUAUAAGACAUAAGUUUCUUGAGAAUGUCGAAUCUCGUUAUGCCAAUACCAAUUCAUGGCGUAAUCGUGUCCGUGAAAGGAAAUUAGCUGCAAUAAAGCGUUCAUGGCCCGAUGCGAUAAAUAAUUCUGAAGAGUUUGUUAGACAGGAAGGUUCGUUGUUUAUUGAAGAUGCACUGACUAAUCUUGAAAAAGAACAGGGGGAUGCACAAGAUAUGGGGGAGGAAUUAAAAGUUGCUUUGCAGAAGGAUGGAAUUUCAUUAGUUUUUAGGUCUAAGGUAGAGGGGCUUGUAGGAUGUUAUCCAUUUGAAAGUCUUCGAGCUGCCAUUGAUAUACUAUUUCUAGGUGGUAGUUCUGAUAUGGUGGUAGCAAAACAAGCAAUUUUUCUCUAUUACCUAUACGAUCGACAUUGGACAAUGCCUAAUGACAAAUGGAGACGCAUUGUAGAAGACUUCGCUGCUUCUUUUGGCAUCACGAGGAUUUUAUUAUUGGAAUCUUUAAUAUUCUAUCUUUUGGAUGACUUCACGGAUGAGGCUAUGCAGGAAGCAUGUCAUCUGCUUCCUGAAAUCUCAGGUCCAUCCACACAUCCUAAGAUUGCACAAGUUCUAUUAGAAAGAGGAAAUCCUGAUGCAGCUCUCAUGGUUUUAAGGUGGUCUGGACAAGAUGGUGUUUCACGGUUUGUUUCACUUAGUGAGGCUGUUACUGCUGUUCGGGUUAGGGUAGAGUGUGGACUUUUCACUGAAGCGUUUUUACAUCAAAGAAUGUUGUGCACUAAAGUCAGGGAGAAUGGGGUAUUUGCAGAUGCGCAUGAUGAUUCCAAAGGUGAACACAAGAGUUGGAAGGACUGGGUGGAGAUAUUGGUGGCUGAAAUUUGUUAUCUUUGUAUACGAAGGAACAUGGUAGACAGAAUGAUUGAGUUACCGUGGAAUUCCGAUGAAGAAAAACAUCUCCAUAAAUGCCUUUUAGAUUAUGCUAUUGGUGAUCCUUCUUCAAAUGUUGGAAGUCUUCUUGUAGUAUUCUAUAUUCAGCGAUACAGGUACUCUGAAGCUUAUCAAGUUGAUUUAAGGCUUAAAAGUCUAGAGCAGGAGUUCAUUGCAAAGAAUUCUGUCAGUGAAGAAGUUUUAUCUAGGAUGAGAUCAGUGUGUGGCUGGAGGGAAGGCUUAGUUGAAAAAUGCAUGGCAUUGCUACCAGAAGUCCAACGGCAACAAGUAAUGACUGGAAAAUUGCCUGAAAUUGCUGGUAAUACUGGUGAUGAAGUUGAAAUGCCUGCAAAAUCCGAUUUUCCCUCUACCAAGGCUGGUAGUUUAUUAAUCCCAGCAUUAAAUGAUUCCCCUGUGGCUCUGUGGACUGAUCAUACGAGUGCACGGAAGCCCUCACUUUUUGAAACUCCCUUGAAAAGAGAUGGAUCUUUUGACAACUAUCACUCUAAACUUGAUGGUGCUAGUUUAUUUCAAAAUUCUGAAAUGGGACUACAGCCUCAAGUUAGCAUCGGAAAAAAUUUCAAAUUUCAGGUCGGGGACAAGUCAAUUCUUCGGGUUAAACCUUUAAGUACCUCACCAUCAAAGGACGUGAAUAAAACUCCAUCCAGGGUGCUUCUAAAUAGCAAUUUUCGGGACAAUAAAUCAUCUCUGCUAUCACCGGAAAUGAAGACAAAGAGCGUUCCUAAUCCAUUCCUGAAUGAGAGUCCAUAUUCUGGUAGUUCAACAGCUAAUCCAAUAAUUACACCUAGCAGUAACCGUGGCUUGUUUAGAGACUUUUCACAUGACCUACAGCCAAGCGUGUCCAGUAGAAGGGUCCAUCCAGAAAGAGAUGAUACACCUUUGAAAACGACUUCCUCAGAUGACAUUAUGGACGUUUCUUGGAGCCACGGGCACAAGGACUUAGCUGCUGAAAACCUAGCUGUCAACGGUGGACCGAGGUGGAGGUCUGAUGAAACAAGUGAUGAAGAAGCCAAUCCAAGUCCACAGCGAGCUGUGAAAAGCAGUCAUUGUGCCACCCCAAUGACAGGAGUGAGAAGAAGCAAAAGGUUAGCCAAGAGAUGAACAUUUCUAAUUGACAAAAGCAUCCUCAUCCUGCUAUGAUUCUUCUGGUAUUGUUGGAGAAAAUAAACCCUUUUUGGUCAGUAGUGAAACAGAGCACUGGUUUUUGGAUGAGAAAACUGUGUUGUUGUGUUUGCUAUUUCCUUUUAAAGGGAAAUUGCCCUUAUAGUGUUAACAUCUUCUAAUGUCCACCUGAAAGCCAGUAAAAGAGGUUCCAAUUUUGAUGGUGAUCUCCUUGUAUCGGUCGGGUGGUUGGUGACUCAAAUUUGAAUUUACUGGCAACAAAUGUGUGCAGGAUCGGCGAAAGUUUUGGAUAUGAUUUUAUUUAAGUGCAAUGUUGAGGCAAGCCCAUGCUAGUUUUAAAUUUUCAAUCUUUUGAUAAUUUGUAAUUUUACAUACUUCUUGAUCAUAGAGAAGAAAAUGCCAAUAUGAUUAACUGAACCAUUGAUGGUCACAUAAUUUUGGUAUACACAGUUCAUGUUGGUCAUAUUGAUUCCAUUCAAGUACUUGACUUCAAAAGUAGAAUACAUAUUUCUAUCCUCAGUAGUUUAUUCGAAA